AUGUCGGAAACAUUCGUACUAUCUUUCGAGCAUCUGAAGGGUCGCCCCAAGGCCGAUCAAGCUCUGCCACUGCUACAGAGGAUUGCAUCACUCGUGAAGCCCAUAAUGAGAAAGCACAGCUGGAAACUACCAGUCUUGGCGGAGUUCUUUCCAGACAGCCCAAACCUCGUAGGGCUCAAUAUCAACCACGGGCAGAAGAUUCUUCUCAGGUUGCGACCUGCCCAUGCACCCGAUACCUUUUCUCCAGAGGACGAUAUCCUACAUACAAUGCUGCACGAACUCACACACAACGUUCACGGCCCGCACGAUGAUAAAUUUUAUAAAUUUCUCGCUGGAUUGGAGGACGAAUACGAUGCGCUAAAGCGCUCCGGAUAUGCAGGCGAAGGAUUCCACUCCAAGGGGGCGCGACUUGGCACUGGGGCUUCUCAUGACUUGUCGCCUCACCUCGCCAGGCAGCGUGCCAUAGAAGCAGCUGAGAAGAGGAGGAAGAUCAGCACUGUGUUGAGAGGAGGUGGAAGGUUGGGCGGAGGCUCGCUUGCUCGAUCCGGUCUGACCCCGCGAGAAGUAGCUGCGCUUGCUGCCGAGCGAAGAGCCCAUGAUGAGAAGGCUUGUGGUUCUGGCCUCGUCGCGGAACAAGAAGCCGCGAAAGCUGCUUCAGAUAGCGUGAAGCACAACGUGAUAGAUCUCGCGGGCGAUUCGGAUUCAGAUAAAUCAGAUGAAAUCAUCGUUGUCGAUGAUUCUAUGGCCAGACUUGGCUCUGCGAAGUCUUCGAAGACAGCGAUCCGACAACCCAAAGAGGCCGCGUCAGCGCCUUCUUCGAUCUUGGCGAGGAACCAGCCUGUUUCAGCAUCUUCCUCGCGUUCGUCUCUAAAUACUGGCCCAUCAUCAUCCUCACCGGCACCGACGACCUCCCGACCCCCUCGUUCUACUAAUUCAACCCUUUCCAGCCGACAGACGCCUGCAGAAGCAACCUGGUCGUGCACACUGUGCACACUGAUCAAUGCAUCGAACACUCUCCAGUGCGAUGCAUGCAUGACUCCACGACCGCAAGACCUUUCCUUUGGGUGGACAUGUAAGGUAUGUGGGGAGCAGGGCAUGGAACAUCAGUUUUGGACGUGCAGGUUUUGUGGAUCAGUGAAGGAGGCGAGUGUGGUUUGA